UCCCACUCCCGGGCAGACUCCCGGGCGCCCCCAUUGCUUGGUUUCUUCACUCGAAAACCCAUACGUAAAUAACCCCAUGGCUCGCCCAGCAGCAACGCCCUCUGCAGAAACACCUUCAGGAGCAAGGCAACAGCCUACGCCCUCGGUAGAAACUCCAGGAAAUGUGAGCCCAAUAGCUAGGGAAGUAAUUCCCUUGCAACCUUCAACUCAGGACAUCCCAGAACUCCGGAGUGGUCUGAGGAAUAAUGUCAAACAAUGCAGAGAGCGCGGACUGCACUUCGCAGCCAAAUGGUCGGCAGAUCAGCUACGAUGCCUUGUACCGAACCCCACCUCGACCGACUCUAUGGACGAGACUGUGGCUUCAGCGGCAAUCGCGACGGAGGAGGAGCCGAUCGUCUCGGAAACUGAGGAGGAAGCUUGCUCACUUGCUUUGUCUUUCAUCAACCUGCGAGACUACGAACGUACAGCGUGGUGUUUGCGACCGCCAAGCACUGUGGCUGGUCUGGCCAUGGAAACGAAGCGACAGGCUCCAAGGGCGUUGUUCCUGAGGCUGUAUGCGAAAUACCUCGCCGGUGAAAACCGUCAAGCGUUGCAACAACUGGAAACUGAGAUCAUCGUGGAAAGCACAAAGGCGCCCAACCCCUACCUGCACGAGAUUCAACUGGAACUGAAACGAAAUGAUGGCCAUCUGGAUAGUUUCUGUCUUUGGCUCCGUGGUUUGGUAUACCGGAAAGUGAAGCGCUACGAUCUGGCAAAAGAGGCUUUGGUACAAGCGAUAACCUUAAAUCCAUACAACUGGAAUGCCUGGGAGGAGGCCGCCGAGCUUGUGGCGAAUCCAGAGGAGCUGAAUACGCUGCUCACCGAGUUACCCGAUGGGUACAUGCGACGAUUCUUCGUUCUUCACAUGGUGGCGCAGCAUGGCAUUGGGGCGGAUCUAUAUUCCCAAGCUUCUGCAGACCUCUCAGUGGUCUUUCCCAAUAGCUCUUACCUGAGACUGCAAGAUGCCUUGGCUCACUACCAACAAGGGAAGUAUCGAAGAGCGCUGGACUAUUUCGAGGAAUACCGAGAGCUGGAGCCCUACUCGGUAGAGCAGAUAGACAUCCACUCUCAUAUCCUGUUCACUAUGAAUGAUGAGGUCAAACUGUCUGUUUUGACGCGAAAUGCGCUGAGCAUCGACAAAUACCGCCUCGAAACCUGCAUUGUUGCAGGCAAUUUCUUCAGUCUCCGUCGAGAACACGGGCAAGCAAUCGACUAUUUUGGUAGAGCGUUGAAACUGCAACCUGGCCACGUGGAGGCUCUAAUCAUGAUGGGAGACGAAUAUGUGGAGCUCAAGAACUCAAAUGCUGCCUUGGAGGCAUAUCGUCGGGCAGCUGACGUGGCGCCAACCGAUUUCCGGACAUGGUUUGGGGUCGGGAAAGCAUUCGAUAUGCUCGCUCUUCCAGAUCAUGCCAUUACAUACUUCAGCAAGGCGGCUACGUGCAAGCCAGACCACGCGCUAACAUGGACAUGCAUGGGCCAAGCAUACGAAGGCGUCAACAAGAACCACCAAGCCCUUCAAUGCUACCGACGUGCGUUACUAUGCCCCGAAAGGGGCAGUGCUUUGUUUUACUAUAUUGCCCACAUAUUUGAAAGGGCGCCGGAGAUGGACGACCCUGCUCAAGCGGCGUUCUACUAUAAAUGCUGGAUAGAGGAGUACCAUAAAGGUGCUGUGGAUAAGCGCGCGAACGAGGAGAGACACGAGCAUGCGAUAACGUAUCUGGCGGACUACUACUGCGCGAAAGGCGACUAUGCCAAUUCGGAGCUGUUUGCAAACCAGAUACAACAUACGGAGCGAGGAAAGUCGCUUCUCCGCGAAAUCCGACGUUUGCGCACCCAUAAGUCAAUAUACGCAGAUCGGAACGGAGCGCACCAAUACCUGCCACCAUCCUGGACCGACACGACCCCCAUGCGGGAAGGCAGCGGGAUGACCGGCCACGACACGACAUCUCAAAUGAGCAGCGGGCGGUCCAGCGGCAUCAUGGGUACACCCUCGCAAUUCGGGUCCACACGUGAAUCACUCGUUGGGCAUCGCCUGCCAAUUGCGUCGCCUUGGUAUACCUCGGAAGAGUCGUCGAUCCAUUCGACACCGGGGGAUAAUGCGGCGGGUCGUCUUUUGCCGGGGUCGGCGCUACCGUCGGCGCGACAGGGGAGGGAAGUCAAUAGUUCGUCGGGGUCGUCCUCUGUUGGUGGCGGGCCGCAGAGUGCGAGGACGAGUAGGAUGGGAUCGAGAACUGGGUCUUGGUCGAGUUCGCCUGCUGUCGAUGAUGCGCGGUGAUUUGGCAGCUAUCAGUAACCCGCAAGUUGCUGCUAAGACUAUAUAUUCUGGCGCUGGGGAAGCUGUUCUGCCUGAAGGCGGAGCCAGCACAAGCAAGCAAUACGAUACGAGAGCGCCGGCGAACAACUUCGCCCGUAACCAGUCCUUCAAAUAACAGAAGGUCUAGUGUCAAACGAGCACAAGCGAAUGACGAAACUGCGUAGAACGUCACGAUUGUUCAUCCUCGGCGUAUGUGAUCCCAUGUUACUACUAGGCGAGUGUCUGGGCGCAGCGCUUUUUUUUGGUAUAUAUAGGCUCCCCAGCUAUACACGAAAACAUAUGAUUUCCAAAAAAAGAACGUGUCUG